CAAAACUACCACGCGACCAUUAUUCCUAUCAAGGCGGACAUUUAUUUGCUUUAGUCUAGUUUCAAAUUCAAUUCUCAGUCAGAAUAAGAAAUGGAUGUCUUUGUCGCUCUGUUAAUGUGUGUGAUAUGCGUGACAAAAGCGGCGAAUGCUCAACUCCAAUUGAGCGGCGGCGACGCAUUCAUCAACAGACGAGUGCUAUUAAAUUGCACCCUGCCAUCAGCCGCGACCAUUGUGACCUGGCAUUCGUCAGACAAAAGCAACAGUUAUGAGACCGUGGCUGUGAUUCAGGAAUACUCCAAUGGAAGGUGUAGCCAGAGCCCAAACUCAAACUUAACGUGUACUUGCAAUUUCUCAUUGUUUACCUGCGCGAUCAAUUCGGUCAAUUUAUCCAACGACGGACAGCGAUGGCGUUGUUCGGCAAGCAUUAAUAGUGCUACAAUGUACAGCAACACUCAUACCAUUAGCGUUCUAACGGCGAAUGCUCAACUCCAAUUGAGCGGCGGCGACGCAUUCCUCAAUACACGAGUGCUAUUGAAAUGCACCCUGCCAUCAGCCGCGACCAUUGUGACCUGGCAUUCGUCAGACAAAAGCAACAAUUAUGAGACAGUGGCUGUGAUUCAAGAAUUCUCGAAUGGAAGGUGUAGCCAGAGCCCAAACUCAAACUUAACGUGUACUUGCAAUUCCACGUUGUUUACCUGCGCGAUCAAUUCGGUCAAGUUAUCAAACGACGGACAGCGAUGGCGUUGCUCGGCAAGCAUCAAUAGUACAACAAUGUACAGCAACACGCAUACCAUUAGCGUUUCAACGGCGAAUGCUCAACUCCAAUUGAAUGGUGGUGACGCAUUUCUCAAUACACGAGUGCUUUUGAGUUGCACCCUGCCAUCAGCCGCGACCAUUGUGACCUGGCAUUCGUCAGACAAAAGCAACAAUUAUGAGACCGUGGCUGUGAUUCAGGAAUUCUCCAAUGGAAGGUGUAGCCAGAGCCCAAACUCAAACUUAACGUGUACUUGCAAUUCCACGUUAUUUACCUGCGCGAUCAAUUCGGUCAAGUUAUCCAACGACGGACAGCGAUGGCGUUGCUCGGCAAGCAUUAAUAGUGCUACAAUGUACAGCAACAUUCAUACAGUUAGCGUUUCAACGGCGAAUGCUCAACUCCAAUUGAACGGCGGUGACGCAUUCCUCAAUACACGAGUGCUUUUGAAUUGCACCCUUCCAUCAGCCGCGACCAUUGUGACCUGGCAUUUGUCAGACAAAAGCAUCAAUUAUGAGACCGUGGCUGUGAUUCAGGAAUUCUCCAAUGGAAGGUGUAGCCAGAGCCCAAACUCAAACUUAACGUGUACUUGCAAUUCCACGUUGUUUACCUGCGCGAUCAAUUCGGUCAAUUUAUCCAACGACGGACAGCGAUGGCGUUGCUCGGCAAGCAUUAAUAGUACGACAAUGUACAGCAACACUCAUACCAUUAGCGUUCUAACGGCGAAUGCUCAACUCCAAUUGAGCGGCGGCGACGCAUUCAUCAACACACGAGUGCUUUUGAAAUGCACCCUGCCAUCAGCCGCGACCAUUGUGACCUGGCAUUCGUCAGACAAAAGCAACAGUUAUGAGACCGUGGCUGUGAUUCAGGAAUACUCCAAUGGAAGGUGUAGCCAGAGCCCAAACUCAAACUUAACGUGUACUUGCAAUUCCACGUUGUUUACCUGCGCGAUCAAUUCGGUCAAUUUAUCAAACGACGGACAGCGAUGGCGUUGCUCGGCAAGCAUUAAUAGUACGACAAUGUACAGCAACACUCAUACCAUUAGCGUUCUAACGGCGAAUGCUCAACUCCAAUUGAACGGCGGUGACGCAUUCCUCGAUACAAGAGUGCUUUUGAAUUGCACCCUGCCAUCAGCCGCAACCAUUGUGACCUGGCAUUUGUCAGACAAAAGCCACAAUUAUGAGACCGUGGCUGUGAUUCAGGAAUUCUCCAAUGGAAGGUGUAGCCAGAGCCCAAACUCAAACUUAACGUGUACUUGCAAUUCCACGUUAUUUACCUGCGCGAUCAAUUCGGUCAAUUUAUCCAACGACGGAGAGCGAUGGCGUUGCUCGGCAAGCAUUAAUAGUACGACAAUGUACAGCAACACGCAUACCAUUAGCGUUCUAAUCAAACCAGGCAGAUGUCCUAGACCAAGGCCUGGUACCGUUGGGAUAUGCCUGCAAAGGUGCAGGUCCGAUAAUGACUGCCCGGGGGCACAAAAAUGCUGUUCCAAUGGCUGCGGAAAUGAGUGCAGGGGUGCAGUCUAAAGAGGCAGUUACACAACGUUUGGCUGAAAAAUGAUUCUAUAGAAAGUACCCUUUUCUGCUAUAUAACGGAAUAUAUGUGUAGUAAAGUUUAGUUUUAUUAUGUCAUUAUUAUGUUUCUUUAAUUAUAUGAUGUCAUUUUUCAUUACACAGAUUUUUCAUAAUUAACAGUUAGUCAUCAGCACUUAUGAUACGCCUAUCAACUAAGAGAUAGUUAAAAGAAAGACAACCUGUAUAUAAGUUUGCAGUAUUUAUCUCCCUUGUUUAACCUGGUUACUCAGAUUCCCUUAUCUAUUUUUAGAUCAACUUUGGAAUUUGUUAAACCCCUGGGUUUCAAAACACUUUAAGGUCUCAUCAUUCAUAAUGCAUGUUUUUCUAAUAUAAUGACAUUUAUACUUUACUUGUGUAAAUCUAUACUAAUUGUUUUAUCACUGUUAUUAUCAGUAUUUUGCAAAUUAAUCAAUAAUGGGAACCAUUACUGAUAAGCCUUCUUUGAGAAAAUCCCCUGCAGAGUUCCCUAGAGCUAAGAUAUUGAUUAUUAAUUAUUGGUGUGUUUUGAUAAUUGAAUUCAUGCGCACUUUGCAUAUUUUAUAAAAAGUAUGUUGUUUAUGUUCAAUUUAAAUAACAUUGAUGAUUUGAGUGUUUGUAUUAUAUUUUUAGUCUAUGAGUAGAGAUUAUAUUUUUAACCAAUCAAAAUGUCUGUAAAUGGACUGAUCUAAGGGAAAAUAGACUGUUCUGUGAGUGGUCUUAGAACAGUAUAAAAUAAGCUGUUUUGGUUGAAUUAAUCACUUCUUGAUGCUUUCUUGAAAAGGUAACAACUCUUAGUCAAAGGUGGGACAUUUUUUAAAUAAAUAAUUAAUGAAACUCUAAAUUAUUGUAACACCAGCAUCAGCACAUUUCGGCAUUAUUUUCCAAAUUAUUGUUAUUAUUUAGAUUAUUUUUAUUUUCUAAAUUAGAAAGACUAUUUUAUUUAAAUAACUUAAGUAAAUUAUUAUAUUUUUACAUUUGAUUCACUUGAGUUUUACCACUCUCCAUAAAUUGUGUUCUUCAGAUUAAGUUAGACCUAUUUUCUAAACUAGAUUAUUGAAGUAACUGCUAGACUUACAGUAACUUAUAAUUAUAUCAGUUUUUGACAGAUUGUGAACUUCUUUUCUUUUACAUUCAUUAAGGUAUUCGCUGUAUUUUGUUCAUUUUUAAUGAUACUUAGAUUCUUUAGACUUGGCUUGUACCUGUUCUUACUCUCUGUCAUUGUUCUUCAUUUUACUAGU